CGCCACGAAAAGCGAAUUCAAGACGAGAGGAUGAAGACGCCGCGCCGGCACAUCCAUCCGCGCCUUGCCUGCUAAAGCUCACACGCUCACAGACUCACCAUCAAUCCAAUCACGCUGAAGUCAUCCCGAGCUUGACUCAGAUUUCACGGUCAGUGAGACAGGCAGAGUACUGAGAAGCUGCAGCUUAUGGUACAUGCAAAUCGUUCUACAAGAAGAAGCACUUGUAUAGAACAACGAUUAUCCUGACCAGUCAAAAGGACCUAUAGAGCGCCUGCACAGCUAUACUAAUCCUGGACUUUCCUACCAACAAUCACCUGCUGAGUAAGGAACGUCAUCUGCUGUCUCUGGCACCGCAGCAGUCAUUCUCUCCGCGCAUACAUCGCUGGAAUCCAUCCAAAACAGUCAGGAUUGCGCCCGCAACCUCUUCAUUGAUCGCGCAUUCAGUAUGGCCACACGACCCGCACGAGCGUUGGCUCGAUCUGCAUCCUCACUCGAUGGCACUUACGAUCGAUUUCCAAAGCGAGCACGGCAAGCGUCCAACAAGCUCCGACAGCCGAGCCCGUCUCCAAUUUCAGAUCAUGCAACAAGCAUCAGCAGUAGGCGUGGCAGAUCAUCCAGGCAGCAAGUAGCGUCGUCUGAAACACCUGUACAAGAGUCACUGGGCAAAGCGCCAGCUAGCGAGACGGAUGAAGGUGUGGUCAGCACGCUCUCCGCCAGUCCAAGUCCUGCCGCCGAUCACGUGUUGAAUGAAGCUGUUGCUCUCAAGGAUGAAGGGGACAGCGAUGUGGAUGAUGCUGACUACGAAGCGGAAAGAAUGAAGCGAAUGAAAGAGAAUGCCGAGCUGUUGGCCAGUCUCGGCCUCAAUAAUGUCGAGAUGGCGCGUCGGAUUCAGAGCACAGAAAAUCCGAAGACGGGUCGUUCAAGCCAUCGAGCGAAAGCGAAUGGCAGAUCUCAAAAGGCGGCAAUGAUCGAGCCGACUCGACGAUCUUCGCGCAAAGUCUCUGCGCCCUCUUACUAUGCAGCGGAGCGCGAGUUCAGCGACGUUCGCUCCACAUUGACCCGCGCGGAGAGGGCGAUGCGACGAGCAUCGGACGGUGCGGGUCGAAAUGGACAUUCUAUGUCCAUCAGACCCAACUUCAAGCUCAAGUCUCUGCCCGUCAAUCGUCCGGGCCCGAGCAGCUCGUCCACCAGCGUACUCAAAAAGGCCGAGCAACUCCCAGACGGGCCGCCGCCAAAGCGCAAAGGCAAAGUCAUCCAUUUCGAGAAGGGUUACGAGCACUUCACCCCGAAUCUCACACCGCGCGAGAUGCUCGAAGGUGGAAUGUUUGGAGGCGGUCCGUUCAGAAAACAUUUCAGCAGCGUGCUCCAUCGCACUCUGGGCAACUCAGAUGCCCAAGAAUUCGAGAUUGACGGCAUACCCGAGGAACAGCUCUACAACCCGGAUUACGAUGUGGACAAAAACAGGUUCGGAGUCAAGGCUGGUCAGACUUUGAGCGAUUGGGAGAGAAAUGGAUGGAUCCAUGAGCAGGACCCAAGAGGAUGGUUUCAGUGGUACUUCCGCUUCCAUGCUGGUCGCCGCACAGCUGACGAUGAGAGGCAGAUAACGCGAUGGUUGGGAGCUGCGGGCCCGAAUGGCAGAUUCAAGAAAAGCCUUGUCGGGAAGGUGAUGGUCUCGAGCGGACGUUGGGACGACGAAGGCGUGUCGCCCGUUGUGCGACAGACGCUGUUUCACUGGGCCUAUCAGCUCACAGAAGAGGAUUACGACAAGUACUCGACGUGAGAAAUGUGUCGGCGCAAACGAUUUAUGUGAGCGCGCAGCUGUCCUCGCGACAUCCAGCCGUGAGGUCCAAGCGGCAUAGUCGUGCUCGUUAGACCCUAGAAGGAAGGCUUCGGCGUCAAUGCGCGACUUUUCGAGAAGUUUUCUCACAGUUCGUGGACCUCAGAUGUCCGCCUCUGAUGUAUCGUCUGACCCUGCCGACGAAUACAACUUCACACGCUACACCGCGCACUCGCUCGAAACCGCAAUUCCAAGCACUAAUUACGCUCUAUGACGUGU